AUGGAUGAUAUUUGGAGUAAAGGCAUAUGGGAUCUUAUGACAAGAAUUUUUCCGGAUGAUAACAAUGGUAGACGCAUUAUUUUGACUAGUAGGCCCAAAGAGGUUGCUGAGCUUGCAGAUCCUGAUAGCAAUCCUCCUGGGUUGAGCCUAUUGAAUUCAGAUAAUAGUUGGAAGUUACUUCAUGACCAGGUGUUUGGUUCACAACAUGUUUGUCCUCCUGAAUUAGAGAAUGUUGGGAAGAAAAUAGCUCAAAAGUGCCAAGGACUACCUUUAGCUCUUCUAGUGGUUGCAGGGCAUCUGUCCAAAAUUUCUAGAACACGAGAAUGUUGGGAUGAUGUUGCCAAAAGGAUUAGUAAAAUUGUUGCUAGUGAACCAGAUAAAUGUCUUGGAGUGCUUGGUAUGAGUUAUAGUUACUUGCGGGAUCACCUAAAAGCAUGCUUCCUUUAUAUGGGAGUUUUCCCAGAAGAUUUUGAGGUACAAAUUCGGAGAUUGAUCCAGUUAUGGGUUGCUGAAGGUUUUCUAAGGAACGAAAGGCUCAAAAGCUUGGAAGAAGCAGGAAAAGAAUGCUUGGAGGAUCUUAUUGGUCGGAACUUGAUAAUGGUAAGAAGGAUCUCUUCCUUUCAUGUUCCAUCAACUAUCAAGCUGCAAAAUCUCGAGGGACUUUCAGAUCUAAGUAUUUCCUGCUGUACUAAGGAAUUGUUUUCUGGUAUUCCUAAUCUGAAGAGGCUGAAAAUUCAUGGAGCUUGGGCAGAAUGCACGACAGAUAUGAUCUUCCAGACGCUAAAUAGCGUUUCUUGUUUAAAUCAACUUGAAAUAUUGAAGAUCAUAUGCUCCAGAAAAUUAUAUGCCCACCGACUCCCAAGUAAGUAUGCUUUGCCUAUAUCUCUGAAGAUGUUGACGUUAUGCUGUACUUAUUUACCAUGGGAAGACAUGGCAAAUAUUGUAAUGUUGCCAAACCUCCUCGCGCUUAAAAUUAAAGACAAUGGAUUUGAUGGUGAUGCAUGGAGAUUAAGUGAUGAAGAGAUUUUCAAUCAACUUAAGUUCCUCCUAAUCCAUAGGACAAAUAUGAAGCGCUGGGAAGCUGCAGUGUUAACUUCCCCAAGCUGCAACGCCUAG